AUGUAUAAGCUUCUAAAAAAUAGAUUUACUGCCCGAUUAUUUAGGACUUUGGUAUCUGCAACAUCUUUUGGUCUGAAAAUGGUUCGGCAUUUUCCAAAUCCUUAUGAAGAUUACCAGCCGGGGCUAGAGCUUGUAAACAAAGACGAAGUUAUUAAAAAUAUAGAGGAAAAUGUAGGAGUUAUUACUAAAAGAAUGCAACCUUCUCCCCGGACUGUUGACGGAGGACUUUACGUUGGAACUACCGGUGUUUCAUACAUGUUUUAUUAUUUGUCACGAAAUCCGUUACUGUCUGACAAAAAAGUAUAUUUCUUAGAGAAGAGCCUAGAAUAUCUGCAACCAGCUUUGGAGACAUCAGCUGGCGAUAAAACAUCAUUUUUACUCGGUGACGCUGGUUCUUACGCCUUGGCUACUAUAAUUAAAAAAGAGACAGGAGAUGAUUUAUUUAAAGAAUAUCUUAAAAAAUUCAAAUCCCUCUUUAACUUGUAUUUGAGUAAAAAUUUUUUGAAAUGUGGCGGUGAUGAAUUUUUUGUUGGUAGAGCUGGAUAUUUAGCAGGUGCUCUAUGGAUUAGUCGAGAAUUGAAAAUUCCUGUGUUUACAAAUAAUGAGCUUUACAAAAUCUGUAAUGUUAUGGUAGCUUCAGGCAAAGAGUAUUCUAAAAAUCAUGAAAGUCCAUGUCCUUUGAUGUAUCAUUAUUAUAAUACACAAUAUUUAGGAGCAGCUCAUGGCAUUAGUUUUAUCUUACAAAUGUUGUUGACUGUUCCUGGUUACUUGGAACAUGAUAAAUCUGCUGCUCAAGAUAUAAAAGCUUCAAUAGACUUUAUAUUAUCAUUACAAACAACAGAAGGUAACUGGCCAUGUUGUAUAGAAGAAAUUGGAAUGGCUGAACAUAAACUCAUACAUUGGUGUCAUGGAGCACCAGGCACAGUGUAUCUCAUGGCGAAAGCGUAUUUAGUGUACAAGGAUCAAAAGUAUCUAAAUGCUUGCAAGAGAGCAGCUGAUGUUGUUUGGCAAAAAGGACUUCUUCGCAAGGGCCCUGGAAUAUGUCAUGGUGUUGCUGGAAAUGGAAUGGUGUUUUUGUUAUUAUACCGACUAACUGGUGAUGACAAAUAUCUAUAUAGGGCUACUUCUUUUGCUAGUUUUAUAAAUACAGAAGAAUUUUUGAGAGAUGCAAGAUUGCCAGAUAAUCCUGAAAGCUUAUAUGAAGGCAUUGCUGGUACAGUGUGUUAUUUAUCUGAUCUUUUGGUUCCAGAUAAAGCUGAAUUUCCUUUUCAAGAUGUCUUUUCCACUUAUAUGUUCUAA